CCAAACAUUUCCGGGGAGUUGGUGCUUUUUCUCUUCUGUCCUUCCUUCUCCUUCCAUUCAAUCCCCCUCCUCUCUUUAUUUCCCGCUCCUCGGAGUCCCGAGGAACUGGGUACCGCCACCCUUCCCGCCCCAAGGACAGUUGAGACGACGUUCCUAUAGUCAGGACGACUCUCAGCCCAGCUCCCGUGGAACCGCCCGGGAUUCAAUCGACAUUGGCCAGCUUCCGAUGGUCUGGUAGUGCCUACUAAGACUUGACAAAGCUCCCUCGAUUGACUUGGCUCAAGUCUCUUUGAGCGAUUUGCGGGCCGAUUGUUGACGUGUGAAUCACACCGCCCGGGGCUCUCUCACACUCGCCGCAUGGCGGAGAAUAAGCGCCAGAGUUCCGGUGCGAAAGGAUCUCAGACUUCCGCCGGUGCCUCGACUGCGGGCGGAAUGGCGGCGAAUAUGGUUCCCUUGGAGGCUGCUUUGAGCGGCGCGAUUGGUGCUCGUGUUCGCAUCACGACCGCCGCACCAAGUGCUUCUACCUUUGAGGGUACGCUUUUCACCGCGUGUCCCUUCACGAACCUUGUCGCAAUCAACACAUCUCCCUCGGCGCCAACCGCAGAUGCGAAACAGGCCCAGAGCGGCGACUACCACGUUAUUCCCGUCUCUCGUAUUCAAGCAUUCCAACUUCUUGCUCUUCCUUCAUCAAACUCCUCCGAUGCGCCUUCUUUCACCGAUGCCCAGCCCUCGAUCCAGGCACUUGAUACCCGUGCGCUGAAGGCCCGCGAGGCCAAGGCUCUUGGUGAAGCAAUGGACCGGGAAGCUCGUCGUGGAAAGGGUGUCACUCGCGAGGCUCAGGAUCUCUUUGAUGCUUUCAGUCGGACUAUGCCCGCUCAUUGGAAUGGUCCUCAUAUCGUGGUUGCGGAUGCGGUCAGCAUUAGCCCUCCCUACCGGGUCGACGAUUGCCGUCCGUUGGUAGCCGGCAAUGAGGCUGCGCUGGCUCGAGUGCGCAAGGUGCUCGAGAUGGAGCGCAAGAAGAUCGAGCUCCGCAAUGCGAGCGCAACAAUUGGAUCGACUAGCACUUUCACCCGCCAUGCCAGUGACCAGCGCAAGGGUGGAUAAACGCCACCCUUGGCCUUGAUGCCCUAAGCUAUAAGAUCGCGGAGUCUGACAUAUGGUGCGAUGUGUUUUGAUCUGGUUUAUCGAAUUGGCCUGGCAUGGUCGCCAGGUAUUUGAUGAAGACUUUAUGGAAAUACCCAGGUGAUGUGUGUGAGAGAGAGAUCUGAAGACCACGGGGUCACCAAUAUGUCGAAUGGAUGUCCCCCUCGGGGCUGCUUGUCUCGUAUUUCGAGGAAUUAGCCAAGAAAAAUCUCCGAAUUGAUCUCAAUAUGUAUGGUCACGGUGACUUUUGCAUGACUGUUUGCAUGGCUGGUAGGCGAGACUGUUUCUUGCCAAGUGCAUGGGCAGCGAUGCCUGCAACUUAUCAGGCAGGGGUUUGGUAUAGUCUGGACUGGACUGGACUGCGUGGUGCCUCGACUAGUAGGUCUAGGAAGGACUUGCUCUUCAUUUGGUGGCAUAGGAAGUAAGCUAGCUGCUUAAAAAUAUACACAUCCCCUGAUC